GAGAUAGUAUUACAGGCUGUAAUCCCUCUCUGUAAGCCUUUGGGUCAGUGAAGGGCCUCGAACCCCCCGAGAGCACCACACUGCCAACAGCUGAACCAGCAGGGACCAACCUGACUGCUUCUCCUGAAACGAGCACUUCACACACACACACACACACACACACACACACGCAGUCACACACACACAAGAAUAUACCAGCCCUAACCUCAGAACCCAUAUGAGCACACACACACAUGAUCCUGUGAAUGUGUGUGGUCUUAGGUCUAAUGUUUUGUCAUGGUAAUAAAUAGUGAUAAUUACAAAGAAACAGGGAUGUAGAACACACACAGGCUAAUAUAUUGUGAAUUACAAUACAAAAUCAUACUGUGUGAUUACAAACACUACUGGUAGGAGUUGAUAGGAACUGUAAGCAGUAGCUGUCCUGUUUUGUCUACCCAUAAUGUUUAUGCCCAGUGUUGAAAUUCUCAAAACGUUAAAUUGUUGUUCAACCUCCACCUCAUCUAGUCAUUUGAUUGACAUGAUUCAGGAUUCGACCUAUGACCGGCGAUGAUACUCCAGCAUCCGCUCACACAGCUGACUGACAGACCGACGACGACACACACCCGGAAAACACCCGCCAUUCGGUCAGCAUGGAGCGGAAAGUGGCGAGGGAAUUUCGGCAUAAGGUGGAGCUGCUAGUUGAUAAUGAAGCAGAGAAGGACUAUCUCUAUGAUGUUCUCCGCAUGUACCACCAAUCCAUGGAUAUUCCCGUCCUGGUUGGCGACCUGAAGCUGGUGAUAAAUGAUCCUAAACGCCUUCCACUGUUUGAUUCCAUCAGACCUCUGAUUCCUCUGAAGCACCAGGUGCAGUACGACCAGCUCACGCCCAAGAGAUCCAGGAAGUUGAAGGAAGUCCGUCUGGACCGCACACAUCCUGAGGGUCUGGGUUUGAGUGUUCGAGGUGGGCUGGAGUUCGGCUGUGGCCUCUUCAUAUCACAGAUAGUCAAAGAUGGACAGGCAGGAAACGUCGGCCUGCAGGUUGGCGAUGAGAUUGUGCGCAUUAAUGGCUACUCCAUCUCCUCCUGUAUUCACGAGGAGGUCAUCAGCCUCAUCAAGACCAAGAAGACGGUGUCUCUGAAAGUCCGCCAUGUGGGAAUGAUUCCUCUCAAGAGCUCCUCUGAAGAGCCUCUGAAGUGGCAGUUUGUGGAUCAGUUUGUUUCUGAAUCCGGGGAGAGGAAGACUAGUGUGGCUGGUCUGACUUCGAUUGGAGGAAAAGAAAUCAAGGAAAAGAAGGUUUUCCUUAGUUUGGUGGGCACCAAAGGCAUGGGAAUCAGCAUAUCGAGUGGACCAACACAGAAACCGGGGAUCUAUGUGAGCAAUGUGAAGUCGGGUUCAGUCUCAUCUGAAGUGGGAUUACAGGUUGGCGACCAGAUUGUGGAGGUCAAUGGGGUGGAUUUCACCAACCUGAGUCAUCAAGAAGCAGUGCGAGUGUUAAAGAGCAGCAGGAGUCUAACCAUCACUGUCCUCACUGGAGCUGGUAGUGAGCUGUUUAUGACGGAUGAGGAACGGCUGGCGGAUGAAGCACGACAUGAGCUCGAUAGACAAGAGCUAAUGCAUCAGAAGAGAAUGGCAUUAGAGACCAACAAAAUCGUCAAAGAACAGCAGGAAAAAGAGCGCCAGAGGAAGAUGGAGAUAUCGCAGAAGACUGCAGAUGAAGAGGAACGUCAUCGCAAAGAGAUGGAGAGAAUUGAAGCCUCGGAAAGGAAACACCACAAAGACUGGGAAGAAGAUUGGGGUUCCAAAGAAAGAUCCAAAUCCCCUUCCCCCUCCUCGCCUCCCUCACCCCCACCACCUGCACGUAAUGCACCUUCACCUAAACCCAAAACCUCCACUGGUGAGUCCUAUGAAGAAGAGAUCAGAGAAGGAUUUCAGAAAUAUGUGGAUGAUUUUGAUCCAUAUUCCAUGUUCACGGCUGAACAAAUAGCUGACAGAGAUGUGCGCCUUCUGAGAAUUAAGAAGGAAGGAAUGCUUGAUCUGGCCAUAGAGGGAGGAAUCGAUUCCCCUUUGGGAAAGAUUGUGGUGUCGUCUAUCUAUGAGGGAGGUGCGGCAGAUAAACAUGGUGGUGUUGUGUCGGGUGAUGAGAUCAUGGCUGUGAAUGGAAAGAUCCUGACAGAUGUCACUUUAAAUGAAGGACAAACCUCAUUGGCUCAGGCCUGGAACAGUGGAGGGGAUUGGAUUGACCUGGUCAUUGCCGUCUCUCCACCAAAAGAAUAUGAAGAUGAAGUCCCUAACACAGCAUCAGUCAGACCCACUGCAAAGAAAAAGGCUUUCCAAGGCAGUGCCCCUGUAUACAGACAGGGCUACGUCCUUCAGAUGAGGACCCCCCAUCCCCCAACCUGAUCGCCACUAUCCUAGUGGACAUUCUUUUAAAACCCAACAUUGCAUCAGUGCAACGGACCACAGGGGGAAUCAACAGCCAUUCCUUAGUAGUAAUUUUAGCAAAAAACAAAUUCUAUUUGUGUUGUAAAUUAAAUGCAGUUAUUCACAUCAUUUAAAAAUCGGAAAUACAUAAUACUCUCUUUAGGCUAUGUUGUUGUCAUUUG